AUGUGGAUCAACUUCAGGUGCCUGUGCCUGUGCCUACCGAAGCUAUGGCUCUCAAGGGCAUCUCACGAGGCUCAUGAGAUGCUCUUGAGAGGUUUAAGCAGCCAAUCAACAUCUGGAAUGGUCUGGAAUAACAGCACAGCAGUCCCUACAUAUAAUAAGACCACCAUUAAGUACUAUUGUAAGGCAAAUGACCCACAACGCUGCACUUUGCACGAAAAGUGCAGUGCAAUGGGUCAUUUACUUUACAUGAUUCUACUACUAGUAGGGAUUGGCGCAGGUUUUCACGUUCCCGUUCAAGUUGUUCGGGGAAGCAGGGAGGCACCCAGUCUAUUCCUCAAGUUCCUUGACUUUGCACUCGAGAAGGGAAAAUUAAGCCUUUCUCCAGUUGUGGGAGUUUGA